AUGGCUCCAUCCGCCGCACACCGCAAACCUUUCUCGCAGCGUCUCGACGAUCCAGAUCAGAGUGUUCUCUACCAGCAUUCUCAGGGCGAACUCGGCGAGCAGGUCUCUCCGCACACCAUGAGCGUCGCCGUUGAUCACGCUCACAUCCAACUUGUACAGCAAGUACAGCACGAACUACGCACCCCCGUUCAUGGCCUCCUCAACCUCAUCGAUGAUCUGCGUACCGAGCUGCGCUCCCUGCCCAUUCAAGACAGACCAAUACGCAGGUCUAUCUUCAACAAGGUCGACAGUCUCGCUGGGCUCGGAGAGAGGCUCCAACAUGUACUCGAUGACUUUCGAGACUUUGCAUUCGAGACUAUGCAUGCUCGCGAAGCUGAAGAGCAGCACGAGGUCACUCCAGACCAACCCGUUGAUCUCGGCGAGUUGCUUGAUAAUGUAGCCGCCGAAGCCUGGAACGCCCAGGUGCGUCAGAUUCGUGCUGAAGACGGCGACGAUGCGAGAUUGCCGCCACCCCCCGAACUCAUCUUGCAGACCGAUACCAGCUUGCGCGGAUGGAAAACCGUCGUGUCCACCUCGCUCGUCAAGAAGCUCGCCCACAAGCUCAUCUCCAAUGCACUCCGAUUUACCAGCCAAGGCUAUGUCGAGAUAUCCCUCUCCCCCUCCAUCGCCUCGUCUCCCUGGUCUGAGCGAGAUGCCCCCUUCCCCCCAUCUACCGAUUCUGCAGCGUCCCCCCAGCAUUUUAUCGACCUCGUCGUUGAAGACUCCGGUGAAGGCAUGACCGAGCACUUCCUCUCCCAUUGCUUCUUUGAACCUUUUGUCAAGGCAAACAACUUCAAAGCCGGUGCAGGUCUCUCGGUCAGUAUCUGCUCCAGUAUCGUCCGUCGUAUGGGCGGAGCAAUGCAUGUCUCGAGCGACAAGGGCAGAGGCACCGUCGUCACCGUUCGUCUCCCCGUCCAAAGCCUCCCCGAACGCAUCAUCAAUCCGGCCCCACCCUCACAGUCGAAUCAACUCAUCUACCUCUACGGAUUCGAGGGUCAAGGUCUGCAACGUCUCGCCCAGAUCAUCUCGGCCCAGCUCGCUACGUUUGGCAAUCUCUAUUGCACAUCCCACAUUCAGGACGCCGACUUUUUGCUUCUGCCCGAAGAGGCCUGUCUGGAAGUGGAUGGUGGUAUCGACGCCAUUUUGGCGCAGACAAAGCCAGGCGUUAAGAUCGGUGUUCUGCAAGCGCACGAGGAUGCAGGCAUCGAAUAUGCUGCUUUCAAGAACGGCAGUAGAAGGCCUACGUUUGUCACACGCAAACCGUUUGGUCCCAGAUGCUUUGACAACCUCUUGCGCUUGGCUGAGCAGCAGGGAGAGGAGGACACCCGGACUACGCAAGAGACGGUCCGACGCAAACACGGUCACUUGGGCUACACGGCACCCAUCGAUCCGGAAGAGCCAGACAAAGUGCUGUCCCCAGCAGAGGCAGGCUCGCCGCUCUCCAAGCACGCCAAGCUUGCCGAGACGAUUGAAGAUGACAAAACGCAGCAAGAAUUCAAAGAUCUGCAUCCGCGACGAAUGUCGCAAGUCGACGAGCAGGAGAAGAAAAAUCGCGAGAAUGGUUCCAGCGUGUCGGCUGUUGGCGACAAGCUCGCCGACCUGGUCGUGUCGCCCGAUGCCAUGGACGAGGUUCUUCGAGCGCCUCACCCGAAACCGCACAUCGAACCGCCCUCGACACCAGCAUCGCCCUCCAAAGCGCUGCCAUCAUCGUCCAUCGCAGCAGCAGACGGCUCGACCUCCACCACAUCAUCACCGACCUCCACUCCACGUAAACCCAAGUUCAGUGUACUCUGCUGCGAAGACAACCCGCUCAACAUGCGCAUCCUCACCACCAUGCUGCGCCAAGCCAAGAUCGAGUUUCACGAAGCCGUCGACGGCGUCGAAGCUGUCGAGCAGUUCAAAAAGCAUCUUCCUGCGGUGACGCUGCUCGACAUCAACAUGCCCCGCAUGAUGGGCUUCGAAGCGUGCCAGCUCAUGCGCCAGUUUGUUGCCGAGGAGCUGAGCGCCGAGCAGAACGCAGAGAGGAGUUUCAAGAUUGUUGCCGUCACCGCCUUGUCUGAUGGAUUUCACCAGCAGAAGGGCUUGGAGUGCGGCAUGGACGACUGGUUCACAAAGCCGUUGCAGAUGCGAAAGCUCAAAAUGGAUCUUGCCGAGUGGAAGGACGAGUUCGAAGAUAUGGUGGCUAAGAGGAGGGACUGA